GGGAAAAUCUACUUCGUUCCGUUUUCAUCCCGUGGUUGUCGGCAUACGAUAACCAACCAAUAUUGAGAAUUCCUCCCUCUGUGUGUUCUGGUUGAAUUCUUGUAAUUCAGUCAUCUCGAAACACUAAUACUACUAGUACAAUUAAUUACAACAUUUUGGCGUCGCAAUGGAACUAAAUAACCUUGAAAAGUUUCCUAUAAAUGGUUCACCGCGGGAAAUCCCUGAUUAUCUUGAAUGCUUCGACGCAUGGUGCAUUUCAAAGAAUGUUCGGGAUGACAAAAUACCAGCAUAUUUCAUCACUGCUAUUGGGCUAGAUGCAUAUAGCCUAGUGAAGACUCUGUCGUUUCCAGAUAAUCCCCUUUCUCUGUCAUAUGACAAGCUCCGUAAACUUCUGAUACAUCACUUUCAUGUAACUACUUUUGAGACCAGAGAGAGGGCUCAGUUCAACAAACUGGUCCGUUCUCCCAACCAGAAGAUUAGAGACUUCAUUCUUCAACUUCAAAUACAAGCUUCAAGGUGCAAUUUUGGAAAUCAGCUGCAUACUCAACUACGUGAUCGUCUAAUUGCUGGAAUCAAUAUUCCUAAGUUAGAGAAAGAGUUAAUUCAGAUUCCUUCUUGUACUUUUCAAACUGCUAAAGAUUUAUGUAUUACAUAUGAAGAUGUCAAUGAUGAAUACUCUGCUCCCAAUACGUCAGUAUCUGAUAUCAUGCUUUCCAAAGUCGACAAUACAAGUGUUCAUGUAAUAGAAUGCAGCGAGAGAGCAAAAACAUUAAACCGUGUUUUUCUUAUGGAAAGAUUCAUCCACGAAGCACUUGCUGUUGUCAGGGUGCUAAGUGUCAUAAAUAGGGGAAAGUUGGACACAUCAAAUCUGUUUGCAGAAGUUCGAAUACUUAUGUUACUCAGCAUUCUUAUAGUUCUCCCAAUUUGUCUAGUAAAAUGGAGUCAAUGUGUCUUUCAACUUUUCAAAAUACUCAAUCUCAUCCAAUGUAAACCAUCACUACAAGUUCAGCAGCUCAAGCGUCAACUGUAUCACGUGUCUUCAAAAAUGAGGUAGCCAAGUUACACUGCGAACUGUCGAAAACACGAAAAAAAGUGAGUGAAAUGGAAGCUGGUUGGUUGUCUAUUCAUCAAUAGCUGACUGAGAUGAGAGACCAACUGAUUAAAAUGGAGGAAUUGCUGCAUAGAUUGUGUUUGUUGAACGCAGAGCAUACAAGUACCCAUUAAAGUCCUGCAAAACCAUUCAAAUCUCGAAUUCUCAGAAAGCAUCUGAUGUCCAUGACUUCUAAUGUACAUUAUUACAAAGGGAAUGACUAUAGACCUUCUGUUGGAAUCUUACUACAAAAAAUGGGAAAUCGAGUGGUGAAGAUAUUAGAAAUCAAAGGUCACUCAAUUCAUAACAGACACCUGGAUCAAGUGAGAAUAAAUGAAAUAAUACGGAAAUCAUUCUAGAUGACACUGAUGGAAAUAAUAUCACAGAAUCAGUUAGAAGAUCGCAGAGACUGGCAAGCAAACCGCGAUAUCACUAUGAAUACGCAAGGAGAUACUCGACGUGUGGCGGAUGUGGUGAUUGACUAUUUCUAUC